CGGGCAUCUGUGGGGUGUCCCUUGGUCUUGUCUUCUUCGGGGCUGCUUGAUGGAGUGGCCUCUGUGGCUCCUACUUUGUAAAAUCGAGGCAGCUCUUGCCGAAUAGCCCUUUGGUUGGGCUCUGACUCCGAACCCAGGUCCUAUGGGCAGUUCCAUUCUCCCCCCAAAGAGAGCAUCACUUAUCCCUUGCCGUGUCACCUGAGGCCUCGCCGGAGCCUGGAGCCAGCCCCAGGAGCAGCCUCCUCUACAUCCUCGCCUUCCACUGCCUCUAAUCCGCUCAGAUGAACAGGCCGAUCCAGGUCAAGCCAGCCGACAGCGAGAGCCGAGGAGAAGACCGGAAGCUCUUUGUGGGGAUGCUAGGGAAGCAGCAGACAGAUGAGGACGUCAGAAAGAUGUUCGAGCCUUUUGGGACCAUAGACGAGUGCACUGUGCUCCGGGGGCCAGAUGGCACCAGCAAAGGCUGCGCCUUUGUGAAGUUCCAGACCCACGCUGAGGCCCAGGCAGCCAUCAACACCCUUCACAGCAGCCGGACCCUGCCAGGUGCCUCGUCCAGCCUGGUGGUGAAGUUUGCUGACACAGAGAAGGAGCGAGGUCUCCGCCGAAUGCAGCAGGUGGCCACCCAGCUGGGCAUGUUCAGCCCCAUCGCCCUGCAGUUUGGAGCCUACAGCGCCUACACCCAGGCCCUGAUGCAGCAGCAGGCAGCCCUGGUAGCGGCUCACAGUGCCUACCUCAGCCCCAUGGCCACCAUGGCUGCCGUGCAGAUGCAGCACAUGGCUGCCAUCAAUGCCAAUGGCCUCAUCGCCACCCCCAUCACCCCAUCCUCAGGAACCAGCACCCCUCCUGCCAUGGCCGCCACGCCCGUCUCUGCGAUCCCUGCCGCCCUGGGUGUCAACGGCUACAGCCCGGUGCCCACCCAGCCCACCGGGCAGCCUGCCCCCGAUGCUCUGUAUCCCAACGGGGUUCACCCCUACCCAGCCCAGAGCCCCGCGGCCCCCGUGGACCCCCUGCAGCAGGCCUACGCGGGGAUGCAGCACUACACAGCAGCCUACCCAGCAGCCUACAGCCUGGUUGCGCCCGCGUUCCCACAGCCUCCCGCCCUGGUCGCCCAGCAGCCCCCCCCUCCUCCCCAGCAGCAGCAGCAACAGCAGCAGCAGCAGCAGCAAAGGGAAGGCCCUGACGGCUGCAACAUCUUCAUCUACCACCUGCCCCAGGAGUUCACGGACUCAGAGAUCCUCCAGAUGUUUGUCCCCUUUGGCCAUGUCAUCUCAGCCAAAGUCUUUGUUGACCGGGCCACCAACCAGAGCAAGUGUUUUGGCUUUGUGAGUUUCGACAAUCCGGCCAGCGCUCAGGCUGCCAUCCAGGCCAUGAACGGUUUCCAGAUUGGCAUGAAGCGCCUCAAAGUCCAGCUAAAGCGGCCUAAGGAUGCCAACAGGCCCUACUGAGGGCCCCCAGGUCUGGAGACACCAGAGGAAGGGGCGCCACACCCCGCUCCCCACGACUGGCCCCAGCCCUCUCUGCACACCUGCCCAGGGCCUCCAUGGGGCUCUGGGGCAAAAGCUGCUUCAUAGCCCUGGGGGAGCAGGACACCGGCCCAUCCCAGCACCCCGUUCCUCCUGAAGGGCCUGUUUCCUCCCAGGUGCCCUUUUGGCCUUUGUGAGGGACCAAGGGACAGGCUCGAAGGCUCCGGGGGAUCUGCCUUCUGCUGGGGCUCCUGUGGUGACCUUCUGGCCCAGCUUUCGCACUUGCGUCCCCCACCAGCGGGCCUGUGGCCCCGGGAGGGCAGCGGGGGCCUCCCACAAGCUCCCCACCUCACCUUUGCCCCAGCCUCUUCCCCACCUUAGGGGUUUCUCAGAAGCUGGUUCUACACUCCCUGCCACCCUCAGCUAGAGGUAGAAUAUCCCUGGACCCUGGACCCUGGGCCCCCGGCCCUAAAACUCACUGCCUCCCCCAUGGGCCCCUCUAAGGAGGGUGUGGGGGAGCCCUGAGGGCUGCCUCUCCACCAGUCAGCCACAGAGACCCUCCUCCUUUCACGAGGAAAAGACUUCCCGCGAACCCCUAAGAAUGUUUACAGUCUCUGCUGGUCCCUCCGUGUAAAUACCACUACCACCGUGCGUUAUCCAGCCCGGCCC